AUGUCGUCGUCGCUGCCAGCAGCGUCGUCAAAACUUCAGGAGGCGUUUUCCUUCAACGUCAAACUAGGUGGCAAUUUGGCCGGACAGAUACAACCGGCUGACUACAACGUUACGGGCUCGACCCUUUGUAUCGACCGCGGUUCAAGCACGGCAGCUUUUAAAACUUUUACCUGGCCUGUCACUUGUGCUUGCGAGCUAGCGAGCGACUCCAUUUGA